GGCAAGAAGCAAGUCAAAAUUGAAAACCUGAAAACACCCGACUUCCGAUAUUACCCUUGCUUUAUACGAUGCCCAUAUAUAAACCGGACCUUUCACAAAAUUCCUAAUUUAAUUCUCUUCUCUCUACGAUCCAUUUUUUCAAUUUUUUUCCCUCAUCUUUUGUAUUUUAGAUUUAAUUUAUCUUCUCAUAGGGUGUUUCAGAGUUCCAAGAAGAGACAGAGUGGCAUUAGAGUUAAUUGAAGAUGUUAGAACAGUUACUCAUAUUUACUAGAGGAGGUUUAAUCCUUUGGACAUGCAAGGAGCUUGGAAAUGCUCUUAAAGGAUCUCCAAUUGACACCUUGAUCCGAUCCUGUCUUCUAGAGGAACGGUCUGGUGCAGCUUCUUUCGAUUACAACGCCCCUGGGGCCGCUUACACCCUCAAAUGGACCUUCCAUAACGAGCUUGGCCUUGUAUUCGUCGCUGUUUAUCAAAAGAUCCUCCAUCUAUUGUAUGUGGACGAAUUGCUUGCAAUGGUAAAGCAUGAAUUCUCAGGGAUUUAUGAUCCGAAAAGAACAGUCUACUCUGAUUUCGGCGAAACUUUUCGACAACUUAAGAAGGAGGCUGAGGCUCGUGCUGAGGAAUUAAAGAAGUCAAAGCAGGUGGGUAAGCCUGUGAACAAUAGUAAGAAGCAAGGUCAGGUGCAGAAGGCUGGACUUGGAGGAGACAAGAAAAAGAAUGAAGGUGGUUUGGCAAGUGAUGGUGGGGAUGGUGAUACUAUGAAAGGCCGUAGAUUGGAGAAUGGGAACUCCAAUGGUAAUCAUGUGGAUAUUAAAGAAUCUAAUGUGUUUGGUACUGCUAAUGGAAAAGAAAAUACGAGUUCCAAUCUCGGGGCUUUUGAUGUAAAUAAGCUUCAGAAACUUAGAUCUAAGGGUGGGAAGAAGGCAGAGAAAACAGUUACUGUUGAUAGCAACGGCUCCAAGGCAGAGCCAAAAAAGAAGAUAACAAAGAAGAAUAGGGUUUGGGACGAUUCACCUCCUGAGUCAAAACUGGAUUUUACAGAUCCUGUUGAUGAGAAUGGAGAUAACAACACUGAGGUUGUAGCAGCAGAUCAUGGUGAAAGUAUGAUGGACAAAGAAGAGGAUUUCAGUAGUGAAAGUGAGGCUGAAGAGGAAGAGGAAGGGGAAGUUGGGAAGGAAAGCAAGCCUGAUAAGCAAAAGAAGGGAUGGUUUUCAUCUAUGUUCCAGAGUAUUGCAGGAAAGGCAAACUUGGAGAGGUCUGACCUGGAACCAGCUUUGAAAGCUCUCAAGGAUAGGCUCAUGACCAAGAACGUGGCUGAGGAGAUAGCUGAGAAGCUUUGUGAAUCAGUGGCAACUAGUCUUGAGGGUAAAAAGUUGGCUUCGUUCACAAGAAUAUCUUCUACUGUACAGGCAGCAAUGGAAGAAGCUCUUGUUCGUAUUUUAACUCCUAGGCGAUCUAUUGAUAUACUGAGGGAUGUGCAUGCUGCCAGGGAACAAAGGAAGCCAUAUGUCGUUGUUUUUGUUGGUGUCAAUGGAGUUGGGAAAUCUACCAAUUUGGCUAAGGUUGCUUAUUGGCUUCAGCAGCAUAAUGUCAGUGUUAUGAUGGCUGCCUGUGAUACAUUUCGAUCAGGAGCUGUUGAGCAGCUGCGUACCCAUGCACGUAGACUUCAGAUCCCUAUUUUUGAGAAGGGCUAUGAGAAAGAUCCUGCAGUUGUGGCUAAGGAAGCAAUCCAGGAGGCCACAAACAAUGGUUCUGAUGUGGUUCUUGUUGAUACAGCUGGUCGAAUGCAGGAUAAUGAACCGUUGAUGAGGGCACUGUCAAAGCUGGUCAAUCUUAACAAUCCAGAUCUUGUCUUGUUUGUUGGAGAGGCACUGGUUGGAAAUGAUGCUGUUGAUCAGCUUUCAAAGUUUAAUCAGAAAUUAGCGGACCUCUCAACUUCGUCUAACCCGAGAUUGAUAGAUGGGAUUUUGCUCACUAAGUUUGAUACUAUUGAUGAUAAGGUUGGAGCUGCACUGUCGAUGGUUUACAUAUCUGGAGCUCCGGUCAUGUUUGUUGGGUGUGGGCAAUCAUACACAGACCUGAAGAAGCUGAAUGUCAAAUCAAUUGUUAAGACACUCCUGAAAUGAGCCUGCUUAAUUUCAUCGUUCAAACCAUGUUGUUUGCUGCUUUACCUUUAAUUUGUUGAAUUCUCUUGUUUGACCUCGUAUUAUCAGUAUCAUGCUCUCUCUGUUGAACGCUUGUCCCUUCGGUCGUAAUUUAUAAUACCAAAUUUCUUGGACGUUGAAAUUU